CAGUUCGUAAGGACACCUGUCAAUCGAAAGAACUUCUUCAACUGUUCUUGCUACCGAAAAAGAAGAGGAAAAGUUAGCAGCAUGUCUUCGUUCAACAGCUGGCUUAUUAUUGUCUCUCUGCUUUUUAACGUUUUGCUUUACCGAUCCUCCGCACGUUCAACUUAUCCACCCCCAGGUGAGUUUUUACACCAGGUAAACUUAUUUUACCGUUACUUAUUAAAAAUAACAGAUUGCGCGAGUUUCGCCGUUUUUCCUGAAAGGCAAGCGCACUUAACACGUUGUAUAAUAAAUUAUAAACUAUAUCUUGGUUUAGACUACGCAUGGCAUACACCGGAGAAAGUAAUUUUACCUUCCCAGCCACGAGGCAUUUCUCAGAUAUUUUUUCACUGAUAUUUUUUUGACAGCCUAAAAAUUAUAAGUCAUAUCCUAUAGUUUGCAAGCAUUAAAGGAAACUGUGGAAAUGUAGCUACAAAUUUGUAUUCUGCCGUGUUUGACGUGUUUAUGCUGAAACAAGAAAUACGUGAAUCGCAGGACCUAGCGUAGCACUUCGGGGCAAGGGCAAGAAAUAGGAAGAAAUGGAAGUAAAGCAAUCGGGAAGAAAUUUUAUAAAUUUAAAAAAUUUUACCCCGUAUAAAGAAACAAAACAAAACUAAAAUAGCUAAAAAUAAAUAAAUAAUUAAAAAGGAGGCAAAAAACAAAAAAACAAAAACAAAAACAAAAAAGAAAAAAGAAAAGAAGGGAAAAAGAAAAGUUGGUUUUACCCGAAAUUUAACUCAGGACCCUCUACGCGCCGGGCCGUUUUCGUUACCACUACGCCAGGUGGGGCAAUACUAUGAGAGAGGCAAUAAUAUUUUAUUUAAAACCUUUCCCAGUAGAACUUUCCACUGGCGCGCCCUUUUAAACACAAAUUCAAAGAUAUUUUUCAGGAGAAUGACUGAUGUUUUGACGGUAAAAAACCCAACUUAAACGCAUUUCAUCGCAUUUAAAGAACAAAUGCCCAAUUAAGCCGAUACGGUACAAACUCGUCUGCGAGCAUAGCAUGUGUUAUGUUACCUCGAUUUUCGCUUAUAUCUUAAUGCUAAUGAUCCAAAUCGCUUCCAUUUUCUCUUAAAAGUACUUUUGCCUUCGAAAUUCGUCGUAAAAAGCACUUAUCGACUCCUAAAACAGCCGCUAAAAACAAACCAAUAGAAAUAUGACCAAAGCAAGACUCUUCGCAAAGCAAGUCUAUCGGUUGCCUGGAAACCCACAAUGCACCUUGACGUCACUCUGGAUGACGUCAAGGUGGACACCAUCCAAACUCGAUUUUUUUUUCAUAGACUUAUAGCAAAAAUAAUAUUACGGUUGGCUUGCGAUCCUCGUGGGAGCCACGCGCGUUGCAAAUUCCGACAAAAUUAUAAACUAACGCGAGGAAUGAGCUUACCACUCCGAUUGUAGUACUUUGAAGAUCCCGCUGCUAUGCCACAUUUUUUGACUUAUUUUUACAUGAUUUCCACCUUUUUGUUAAAACUUUUAUUUGUCUCCUAUAAUGAAGGACCAGUCAAAACCCACGAUGUUUGAAGGAGAUAUCGUGUAUUUGAAGCUUAAGGCGAGGUGUUGUUUAAACCUUCGCAACUCUGCCUUAAAAACAUUUUGCAUUUUUAUUGGUUCUACAAUAUGGAGAACCCAACUUGCCUAACAAAAUUGGAUAAAUAAGGCAAAAAACUUAAAGACGUCGAAAACUUUGUUGAGAAGGGAUGUUGCUCGAUCCUCCUUUUAACAAUAAAGAAGUUUGUAUCAGCUUGUUUACAGCGGGUUAUUGCAUGGUGUUCACAUUUUUGGGUUUUAAUUUCGAUCUUAUUUGCGUUGUGUCAAGUGCUAGACUGCGAUUUUGACAACUCCACGUUUUGCGGAUGGGCAAAUGAAAAAUCUGGAAAAGCGAAGUUUAACUGGACUUUAAAUUCGGGGCAAACACCUAGCUGGAGAACAGGUCCUCGUUCUGAUGUUUCAGGUAUUUUCUUUAUUUUAAAAUCUGCUUCUUAUUACGUUUAACAGUUUGUAACGUUUAUUUGAAUUUUAAGGGAGACCGAUUCAGUUUAUAUUAAGAUAGUUAUUUUUUAACAAUGACUCAUUUUAGUGGACUACAGUAAUUUAGAGCCAUUCUCUACAGAAAAAUUAAACAACAAAGUGUGUAAUUAUAAUACUGAAAGAAAUAAGACUAACUCGCCAUUACUUUUCACUACGUUACCUUAAAGGCAGCUACAGUGACUUCAUUUCUUUAAAAGUUAAAAACUGUAUCACACAAGAAUCCCGGAAUCGUAAUUUUGUGAUUCCUUGGUAUUCUAAAAAUAACUAAACUCAAUGGAUAUAUAGACAGUAAUCGAAAGCGUCAACUCAGUGAAUAUUUUGUUCCAAUAUCUCCAGGAAAUGGAACGUAUGCAUAUCUUGAAGCAUCUUUUCCGCGGCAACAUGGUGACAACGUUAGGCUUUUAAGUCCUAUAAUGCAAGGUGCAAAGUGCAUGUCAUUCAUGUAUCAUAUGCAUGGAAGUUCCAUGGGAAGCUUGGUAAUCUACAUGAAAGUAAACAGCAGUGAAACAGUGGAAUGGAUUAAAUCAGGCAAACACCCCAAUCGAUGGCUAGAAGCUGUUAUAUUCCUCAAUUCCUCAGCUCACUACCAGGUAAUCCAUCUGACUGAUGAAUUAAUAAAGCGGGCUAUAACCCAAUCUAAUUUUUUUCUUUGCCUGCACCAUCUUGACGCAGAAUACGUUAACAAAGUAAAGUGAAAAAAAAGAAUAGAUUGACAAUCAAACUACUACCUUUACUAGCUUUUAGAUAAAAAGGUGUUGAUCCUAUCGAUCAUCCUUGCAAAGGCACAAGUACAUGAGAGAAUAUGUGAAACUAGGAGAACACUGUGAAUUAACUUUCUAUUAUUUAGAUAUUGGGCACUUUAACACCUUGCAACACAACCGUUAGAAAACCGAUUGAGAAUUUAUCAAGAUUAUCCAGUCUUCGUUCAUUAAUGGGCACGAUGAUUUUUGAUUUUAUAGUUAUUCCUCAGUUAUAAGCAUAGUUAUUACAAUAACUGCUACAAUAAAUCUGAAUGACAGUAAAGUGCAACGCUUGACGUCACUAAUGCAGGUUUUUGUUAAAGGAUUAUGAUAACCAGGAUCUCACUGCUGAUUUGGCAACAUGUCGUAAGCGCAUUAACGCAAUCAGAAAUAAGUAUGGUUUAGCAGUUACUCCCACAAUGGGGUGCUCGGGUCAGUAUACUGCUGCAUUGUUUUUCCGUCAGCUUUUUUAGCCUAAUUUAUGUAAGUUACCGAUAAGCGUACUAGAAUAUGCCUAGUAACUAACUUUAAGGGUUUAAUCUUUAUAGAUUAUAAUGGAGGGAAUAAGGGGCGUUUCCUUUACAAGUGAUGUAGCCAUAGAUAGCAUCGCAUUCAGAAAUGGAUCCUGUGAACGACUUGGUAUGUACACGAGUAUUUAUCACUGCAUUUUUGAAAUAUCACAACAAGCUGACACUCAAAGGUGGAUCAAACUCAUAAAACUUAUUUCAAACGACAUUUGUAACCUGUUUUCCUUUGUUUCAAGUUACCCAGUCGUUAUACGCCUUCAUAAAGGAAGAUGCUACAGACUUCAAAUUGGACAGAAUUCCAGCUCACAGUGGAUGGUUUUAUCAGUUUACGGUGCAUGCUCUUCAAACAAGAAACAUUUCCGCCGAUGUGAUAUACUUUGUGUACCCAGCAAACACUGUCCAUUGUGCAAAAAGCGUCACCCAAGAGCUUUCUUUAGACGAUCUCAGUUGCUUCCCUCGAGACUUCUUCUUUUCCUCAAGGACAUAUCAGCCACAUUACAAAAAGUUUUUGCUUCUCAACCGAGGAGAAAAAUUACCUUACGGGAUUGCCUUAGAAGAAUUUCAUAACUGCUGUGGUCAAUCAGUUACUGAGUACUUCUUUGCAAAUGUUUCAUUAGAC